UCCAUAAAAAUUGUUUAUUUAUAUCUGAAGCACGAUUAUAUGUUUUCAAGCGGCAAAACUUGAUCAACAGAGGGAAAAACCUCAAUGUGAAUCAUUUAUUCUAAGUAUUUUGAAAUCGUGCUGUUGCUUAGAAUAAGAGGAACCAAUAUGGAAAUCAUUAAAAUUGAAGUUGACGAUGUACCCUUCGGCUAUGAUUGUGUAAUUUGUCGAGAGCGGUAUUCAACGCGGCUGGAGCGAAAUGAUCAUUUGGAAACACACUUUAUACACAAAAAAUGCAGCGAUUGUAAUCGUCUAGUGAUAUUAAUUGGCGAUUUGGAAUUUGAACUACAUCGACCAGCCCAUUGUACGAAAGUCUGUCAAAGUGAUAGUAAUGAUUAUGAGGAUUUGCAACCAUUUGUUGCGAUAGAAAGACUGAAAGACGUUGCCGUAGAUGUAUCAACAGAAGAUAAUGACGACGAUGACGAAGCGUUGAAUAAGACGGUGAUGAAGGAAGAAACCGAUUCGGACGAUUGUCCCUUGAGCAUUGUUGCUGACAUUUCCAGGCACACGGUUUGUGAACAAGUCAUUUUUUCAAAGGAAGAUGACGAUCCACCCGAACAGCCAAAACCAAGCAAAAGAAAACGAAAUCGAAAAAAGCCUACGAAAAAAGACGAAGAUAUUGGUGAAGAUAAGAAAUCGGCUCGAAUUCAGAAAUCUCGACCAGUGAAGAUAAUAGCCUGCAAUCAAGAAGGUUGCACCGAAGAAUUUCGGCAAAAGCAAUUGUUGCGUAAACACUUGAAAACAGUUCAUGGCAUCGUCGAAAAGCAUUUGUGUUCAAUAUGCAAAUUUGCUUUUGCCGAUAAGUCGAAUUUAAAACAUCACAUGGUCACCCAUACCGAUGAUAAGCGAUUUAUUUGUUCGUUUUGCGGAGCACGCUUCCAUAAAUUGACAAAUAUGACCGAACAUAUGAACGCUCAUUUGGGACUGAAGCCAUACAAAUGCGAAAUUUGUGGAAAAGAUUUUGGCAGAAGUAAUCACAAACGACAACAUAUGAGGGUUCACACCGGAGAAAAACCGUACAUCUGCCAGAUCGUGAAUGAUUGUACGCGAGCCUAUAUGUUUAAAAUUGAUUUAAAACGACACCAGCGAUCGGUGCAUGGCAUAAUUGAAAAGACAUUUACGUGCAAAAUCUGUGACAAAAUAUUUUAUGAAAAUAAGUAUCUCACCAAGCACAUGGCCACUGCACAUUCGUAGAAGAGCCAGCAAUAUUCUUUUCCAAGUUUAGAUUAAAAGUUAGAUAAAAACUCAUUAAUUUAUUAUAACCAAUAUAUGGAGUCACAAAGAAGUGGCAAAAUAAACUUUCUCUUAGUUUUGCCAA